GAUUCAUCGAAGCUCAACAGAAGAACGAAUCCAUCCAAACGUUUUAAAUUGCCCGCUUCAGCUUUAAAUAAAUCACCUGAAGAAAUAUUUGAUGUGAUUGGGAAACUUGGUGAAGGAUCAUAUGGAUCGGUACAUAAAGCUAUACAUAAGCAGACAGGUCAUGUUUUAGCAGUCAAGAAAGUUCCAGUUGAUACAGAUUUGCAAGAAAUUAUUAAAGAAAUUAGUAUUAUGCAACAAUGUGAUAGUGAUUAUGUUGUGAAAUAUUACGGGUCAUAUUUUAAAAAUUCUGAGCUUUGGAUAGUAAUGGAAUAUUGUGGUGCAGGUUCUGUUUCUGAUAUAAUGAAAAUCCGUCGAAAAACACUAAGUGAAGGCGAAAUUGCUGUGGUUAUUCGCGAUGUAUUGGAAGGUCUUCGAUAUCUUCAUGAUCUUAAAAAAAUUCACCGAGAUAUAAAAGCUGGAAAUAUAUUGCUAAAUACCGAAGGCCAUGCAAAAUUAGCUGAUUUUGGAGUCGCUGGUCAAUUAACGGAUACAAUGGCCAAGAGAAAUACAGUUAUUGGUACGCCAUUUUGGAUGGCUCCAGAAGUGAUCCAAGAAAUAGGUUAUGACACCAAGGCUGAUAUAUGGUCUCUUGGUAUUACAGCUAUUGAAAUGGCUGAAGGAAAACCUCCUUAUGCUGAUAUACAUCCAAUGCGGGCAAUAUUCAUGAUUCCGACGAAACCGCCACCAAGUUUAAAAGUCCCAUCGGAUUGGUCUGAUGAUUUCAAUGAUUUCGUUUCACAGUGUUUAAUAAAAAAUCCAGAUGACCGAAAAUCAGCCAAGGAACUUAUGGAGCAUCCUUUUAAUACAAAUGCUGCAUCUUCAAGUUUACUGCAAAGAAUGAUCGAAGAAGCAAAAGUUAUGCAACAAGAAAGUGCUAAAGAAAAUGUUAGUUUCAAUGAGCUGAUUCGAAGGAGGAAUGGGUUAGAAGAAGAAAUGGAUAUGGAAUUACGAGAAUUGCAACUUCGAUAUCAAACGAAAAGACAACCAAUACUGGAUGCAAUCGCAGCAAAGAAGGCUCAUUUGGCAGAUUUUGAUUGUACUGGAGGCCAUUCGAAGCCUUUUAAUGCACCUUUUUAA